CCCAGGCUGGCUGCAGCAGUGGGCCUGCUCCCGCUCGUUCGGUCUGGGCACGCGGCUGCCCUGGGACCCGCAGUACCUGAUCGAGUCGCUGUCCGACUCCACCAUCUACAUGGCAUACUACACAGUGGCGCACAUGCUGCAGAAGGGCGACAUGUACGGCAAGGACCACAGCGGCAUCACGCCGCAGCAGCUCACGCCCGAGGUGUGGGACUACGUGUUCCUGGGCAAGGAGGCGCCGCGGGACUGCGCCAUCAGUCCCGAGCAGCUGGCGGCCAUGCGGCGGGAGUUCGAGUACUGGUACCCCUUUGACCUGCGCGUGUCGGGCAAGGACCUGAUCCAGAACCACCUGACGUUUGCGCUGUACAACCACACCGCCGUGUGGGCGGCCGACAAGGCCAAGUGGCCGCGGGCCAUCCGCUGCAACGGACACCUGCUGCUCAACAGCGAGAAGAUGAGCAAGAGCACCGGCAACUUCAAGACCCUCAAUGAGGCCAUCGGCGAGUACUCGUCCGACGCCAUGCGCUGGGCUCUGGCGGACGCGGGCGACGGCAUGGACGACGCCAACUUCGAGACCACCACCGCCAACGCCGCCAUCCUGCGCAUCACCAAGGAGCUGGCCUGGAUCGAGGAGUGCCUGGCGCCCGGCAGCGGCCUGCGCGAGGGCCCCGCCGACCUGCUUGCGGACCGCGUGUUCGACAACGCCAUCAACAUCGCCAUCGCCGCCGCGCGCGACGCCUUUGAGCGCAUGGCCUUCCGCGAGGCGCUCAAGGCCGCAGCCUACGACCUGGGCAACGCCCGCGACGUGUACCGCCUGGCGUGCGGCCCCGAGGGCAUGCACCGCGACGUGACGCAGCGCUACAUCGAGGUGUCCACGCUGCUGCUGCUGCCCUUCACGCCCCACACCUCGGAGCACGUGUGGCGCAACAUGCUCAAGAAGGAGGGCGCCGCAGUCACCGCCGGCUUCCCCACCGGCGCCGAGCCGGACACCAUCCUGCAGCGCGCGGCGGCGUACGUGGAGGACCUCAUCCCCGCCAUGCGCAAGGCCAUCGCCAAGGCCGAGGCGCCCCCCAAGAAGAAGGGCCCGGGCCCCGCCGAGCCGCCGCCGCGGGUGGUGGGCGCGCACGUGUUCGUGUCGGAGCGCUUCGUGGGCUGGCAGGAGGCUGUGCUGCGGGCGCUGGCGCCGCGCUUCAACGCCAAGACCCGGGCGUUCGCGGAGGACGCCGUGCCCGCCGUGCUGGAGGCAGCCAAGCAGGACUCUGCCAUGUCCUCCAUGGCUGACAAGCAGCUGAAGCAGGCCGUCAUGCCCUUCGCCAAGUUCAAACAGGAGGAGGCGCUGGCAGCCGGGCCGCAGGUUCUGGACGUGAAGCUGCCGUUCAGCGAGGUGGCGGUGAUCAACGAGUCCAUGGCCUACCUGCUGCGCAGCCUCAAGAUCGACAAGAUCGAGGUGCACCUGGCCACGGACGCGGGUGUGCCGGAGCUGGCCGCCAGCGUCAAGGCCGACCUCAACGGCGCCUACCCCGCCAGCCCCGUGUUUGGCUUCGUCACCGCCGCUGCCGCCGCCGCCGCCGCGCCCGCGCAGUAGAGCGGCUGUGGUGCAUGGAGACAGAGCGGGCUGUGGUGCAAAGGCAACAACGGGGCAGAGCGUGUGGAGGCGGCAGCGGCGUGCAGUGGUGCCCGCGGGGCGAGGGAUACGAGGACUUGGAAGCCGCGCGGGUGUGAAACGAGGAGUGCAGACAGGAAGCUGUGGACUUGGGUGUGUGUGGAGGGUGCGUGGCGAGGCGAGGCGACCAAAGUCACCACCGGAACGGCUGUGUGGACGACGGAGGAAUGGAGGUACAGGGUGGUGCAAAUACACGGACCGCGUGCGUGCGUGUGUGGGGGCGUGGGGGCAGGUUAGGUUACGGAACGCAGCGAGCCUUGCGGGUGCUCGUGCAGUGCCUCCAGCCUCCGCUGCCUGGAGGGCGUGGGAGGCUGGUGACACGUCCAGGGCGCGCAGAUGUGGUACUGCGGUAGUGGUGGCUUGAGCCUUUAGGUGUGGUGAUGGUGGUGCGAGGUGGCGGUUGGGCAGGUCGGCACAGGUAACCAGGUAGGUCGGCUGCUAGCAGGUGCGUACCGCGCGCGAGGUGUCAAGGUGAUCGUGCAGCCGGGGGUGCUGCGGGGAGCGCCGUGCGGUAUGGGCACCGGCCCACGCGUGUGUACGUGUUUGUGGUGCUGGUGAGGGGCAAAGGGCUGCUAUCGCACGUGUGCGCGGCCAGUGGAGCCGCGCGGGUGUUGCAGGCGUUAGGGUGCUGCGCCUGACGCUGCAUACCAUGUAUCACCGGCAACGCACGGAAUGCGUGGGGCAGGAAGAGGAGGAAGAGGAGGUGGCUGGUCGGACGCACAUUGACACAUUAAUGGACUGGGUCUAAAUGACAGGAAGCGACACUUGCUCUCACUGGUCCGAGAC